CAAAUCGACAAUCAGUGUCACCCACGACAUUCGAAGAAGUGGAUCUCUGCUGUCCCUGCUCUCCGCAUCCGCAUCUUCGUAUUCGCAUUCGCAUAUUCGCAUCCGCAUAUCCGCGUCCACUUCUCUCUGCCGCGCUCGUAUGUCUUUGCAUGUGUGUGUGCGUGUGCGUCGCGCCAAGUGAAACGACUAACUUUUUUAAUAUUCGAGCAAAAUGCAACGAAAAUAAGUGCACGAGCAUGAAAACAACAAAAAUCCACUCAACAACGACAGUGAAUUCCAGCAACUGAAUUUAAGAACUUUAAUGCAGAAACCUUUUUUUGAAUGGCAAAACCUGUGACAAAGUGAAUAGUUAUCGAAAACAAACACCAGCUACGAAACCAAAUUACAACUCAACAGCCGAAACUUGCUGCUAAUUUAGCAAAAGGCAUCAAAUCAGAGGAACCCAAGGAAUCCGAGAAUCCGAGAAUCCGAGAACGGAGGAAAAACCCACACCGAAACACACACACACACACACACCAUGGAGCACAUAAUGAAUCCGUUCAUGUCACCGGCUUAUCUGCUGGGCCAUGGCCCACAUUCGCACCAGCACUUGUCCCACGGACCUUCCCACCCACAGACCGCCGCCUCGCCGGCCAGCUCACCCGGCGGAUCCAGUGGCUCCGGCUCCGGCUCCGGCUCCGGAUCUGGUUCAGGAUCCGGUUCGGUUACCAACUCCUCGCUGAAGCAACGCCGCUGGGGCUCGCCGCCCAUCAACCUGGCGGGCCAGUUCAUCAAUCCGGCAACGGGAAAGAAGCGCGUCCAGUGCUCCAUCUGCUUCAAGACCUUCUGCGACAAGGGAGCCCUCAAGAUCCACUUCUCCGCCGUCCACUUGCGGGAGAUGCACAAGUGCACCGUCGAGGGAUGCAACAUGGUCUUCAGUUCGCGGCGCUCGAGGAAUCGCCAUAGCGCCAAUCCGAAUCCGAAGCUCCAUUCGCCGCAUAUUCGCCGCAAGAUUUCGCCGCACGACGGACGGACGGCGCAGCAGUUUCCGGUUUUCUCGCCCGGCACCGCUGCCGUUGCCGCCGCAGCCGCCGGCCGACUUCCGGUCGCCUUUCCCGGACUCUUGCCGCCGCCGCCACCGCACCACGGCCAUCAUCCGUACGUGAUGUUCGGCGGACAGGCGGGUCUGCACAGUUUGGGUCUGCUCUCCGCCGGCUGCCAGGACAACGAGGCCGAGGCGGAUCACGAACAGGACGCCGAUCCCGAGGACGAGGCGGACUUCGUCUACGUGGACAUGCAGGCCAACAGCUCCAGUCCGGCGGCUUCUUCCAAUGAGGAUCAGGAGGAGCACGAACAGGAUCGUGACCCCGAGCGGGACGAGGAGAUGCACUGCAGUCUAAGCAUGGCGAGCAGCAAUAGUCUGGAUGAGGAGCGGAACGUGGAUCAGCCGCUGGACUUCAGCCUGCACAAGCGACGCAAGUCGGAGCAGGAAAGGCAGGAAAGGCAGGAGGAGGAGCAGCAGGAGGAUCUGGAUCGCGACUCCCUGAGGGGGCAGGAGCACGAACAGGAACUCGAUUCCGAUAAGGAACCCGAACCGGAAACGGAGCGUGAAAAGCGCUCGCCCAGCGAUGCCUUCUCCAUGGACCAGUUGCUCGGCAAAAGGAGGCGACACGAUAGCACCACCACCUCCAGUUCCGCCUGCUCCAAUGCCACAAUGGCAAUGGUUGCCCCCUCCUCCUCCUCAACCUCCUCUUCUUCUUCUUCGCCACCGACCAUCCUGCCACCUGCCAGCAUCAAAAUGGAACUCGAUCCGGAGAACGAGAGCCCAUCCUCCUUCUUGACCAGCCGGCGGCAAAUGCUGCCACUGCCCGUUCUGGAUCUGGAGGAGCGGCAUCAUCUGCGCCUGCUGCAAACCCAAAUGUUUGCCGCCGCCGCCGCUGCGGCUGCCAGUCAACCGGCGGCACCGCCGAGCGGCGGCGCCUUCCUGCCCGCCGGUUCGCCCGUCGAUCUGGCCAAGGACUCGCCGCCGAUGUGGAGCCUCCUCUCCGAAAUGUACCGCUCCAUGCUGCUGAAAACGCAGCACCAUCAGCAGCACCUGCAGAUGCAGCAGCACCACCAGGAGCCGCAUCCCCUCAACCACCACCUGAACCUCCAUCAUCUCCACCAUCAUCAUCAGGAGCAGCACCACCUGAACCAUCACCACCAUUUGGGACACCAGCACCACCAGCAGCAGCCGCAGCAACAAUCGCCGGCGGCCACCAAUGCACCGAUUUCGGUCUAGAUUCGAGAUUCGGGAUGCUAGUUGUCUAGAUUUCUAGAUUGCCAGAGUUAAGAUCACAGAUUCUAAAUUGCUAGAUCUUCAGUUUAUGGAUUUUAGUUACUAGAUUUUAGAUUCUAGAUUCUAGAUUCUAGAUUCUAGAUUCUAGAUUCUAGAUUCUAGAUAAACUGAUUUUUGGAUUCUAGAUUCUGAACUCUAGAUAGAUUGAGUGGUUUUUAAAUCCUACAUUCUAGAUAUCUAGAUUGCCAGUUUGCCAGCUGUUUUCCUUAGUCAAAUUUUUGUUUAUAAAUAUUUUUUUUUGUGCGUAUUUUAAGGAUACGUUUUGGGUGUUCGGGGGUGUUCGUCUGGUUGGCUGGCUGUUCAGCUUUUUUUUGUCGGUGGGGUCGUGCCAAAAGCUUGACCAUUAAAUGGCUGGCACUCCUCCUCAGGCGCGCACCCCGCCCGGCCACGCCCACCACGCCCCCAAUCCCGCCUACCAGUCUGUAAACUGGAAUUGCUCCAAAACUAAGCUUUUUCUGCUCGUACGUGUGUUAUAUGGAUUUUUUUUUUGAAAACCUAUAUAUAUAUAUAAAAAAUAAUGUAUAAUGUAUACCGUAGUGCGACAUCUAAUUGUAUAGUAUUCAAUCCGUUCCUCAGUGUGCGAGUGUGUGUGUAUGAAAGGAUGUGUGCUUGUGUGUGUGCAUGGGAUCCAGAAAUGCGGAUCCAAAAAAAAAAAAAUAAAGUCUGUCAUCUGAAGAGCGGGCUGGGCAGUGCAGAAUCGGGGAACGGGUUCAGUUUUUUUCCCUGCCCCACCCCCAAAAAAUCGGUGUACAACGAAGUAUUGAUAUUUAUAAACGAAAUCUAUAUUAUGAAUGCAUAUAUUAAAUAGUUUUAAGACAAUUUUUUUCGUAGCCAAUAAAUAAUUGUAUUGUAUAACUGAAUGUACUAACGGCAAGCUAAUUCUAUUGAAAAACAUAUCCCGUGUGUUAAAGAAAGAAAACCCAUCCCUAAAAAAAAACAGAAAUCCAUCGUUGGGUGAACGAAAAAUGUUAUUGCUCUCACAAACAAACGAAAAUUCCUCCCGACGAUUGUGUACUGUAUUACAACAAGAUUUUAAGUUUUUAUUAACAAUAAACAACGGCAAAAUUGACGAAAACAUGUAA